AUGGCGGCGCCCGGCGGCGCGGAGGGCCCGUCCGCCGGCCCCGCGGCGGGCGGCGCGCUCUGGGCAGAGGUACGGGCGCUGCUGCCCGGCGCCGAGGAGGAGCUGACCUUGGCGCUGAGCGGCGAGGUGGAGGACUGCGUCCUGCCGCUGCUGCGGCGGGCCCGCGGGCUGCUCUACGGCGCGGCGGGCCGGCCCUGCGGGGCGGCGACGGCGGCGCUGCGGCGCCUGGGCGACGUCCUGCGCGACUACUCCUGGGAGAAGCUGAACGCGGGGCCGUGGCGGGAGGUCAGCAAGGCCUGGCGGCAGGUCUACUCCUACGGCUGCCUCUUCGGGGCGCUGGCCGAGGUUGCCGCCGGCCGCCCGCUGGCGCCUGCCGUCCGCCUCUGCGACAUGGGGCUGCUCAUGGGCGCCUCCGUCCUGGACAACGUCCUCGCCCGCCUCGUCCGCGUCCUGCAGGCGCACCUGCCCCGCGCGAAGCGGCGCGCCGCAGCCCAGGGGAGCGCCAAGGUACCGCCCGCCGCCCUGAGGCGACCUGGGCCCGCGCUCCCCUGCCCGGCUCCGUUCCAGAGGGCCCGGGCUGACCCCCCUCCAGUUCCUGCGCUGCAGCCGGAAGAUGCGCUUCCACACCUUCGCUGCCCUUCGCUGGAGCACUUCAGAGACAACUACCUCAUCCCGCAGAAGCCUGUGGUUUUAGAGGGGAUUAUUGACCACUGGCCGUGUAUGAAGAAGUGGAGUGUGGACUAUUUUUGUCAAGUCGCAGGGUGCCGCACAGUCCCCGUGGAACUGGGUACCCGAUACACGGAUGAGGAAUGGUCUCAGAAGCUGAUGACUGUCAGUGACUUCAUCAACCAGUAUAUUGUGAAUGAGAAUGGUGUAGGAUACCUUGCCCAGCACCAGCUUUUUGAUCAGAUCCCAGAAUUGAAAGAGGAUAUCAGUAUCCCUGACUACUGCUGCCUGGGGGAAGGUGAAGAAGAUAACAUCACCAUUAACGCUUGGUUUGGUCCAAAAGGCACUAUCUCACCUCUUCAUCAGGAUCCCCAGCAAAAUUUUUUAGCCCAGGUAUUUGGAAGAAAGUAUAUCCGUCUAUAUUCACCACAAGAUUCAGAAAACCUGUACCCACAUGAAAGCCAAAUUCUUCACAACACUAGUCAGGUUGAUGUGGAAGAUCCUGACUUAGUUAAGUUUCCCAGUUUCAGAAAUGCUGCAUUUCAGUCCUGUAUUCUGAUGCCUGGGCAGGUUCUGUUUAUUCCAGUUAAAUACUGGCACUAUGUACGAUCGCUUGAUAUCAGCUUCUCUGUUAGUUUCUGGUGGUCAUAACUCUGAAGCAUGCAUAAAGUCUAGUAACAUUGUAAUAGGAAUUAAAAGUCAGAAAAGGUA